AGUUCCCAAGAUUCAGAGAGGGAGAGACUCAGGGACAAGGAAACAGCCCCAGAGCUGGAGCCGGAGAGGCGCAGCAUUAGCUGGUGAGCGCUGGGCCUUGGGAAGGGGGUGGCAGGUAAGAAUAUGGAGGAGGCGCUCAAGGGGACUGGAAUCCAGCGGGGGUGCAAAGUCCCUGAGGCUGCAAAGAGCUCAGUGAGUUUCAAGAAGCUGAUAAGAGCUGGGAGACGGGUCUGGAGCUGAGGAGCCUGGGGACAGAGGGGACAGGGGCCAGAGAAGCUGGGUAGAGGGUGGGUGACCAGAGAGCUGGGCUGGAGUGUGGGGCUGCCCUGGUUCCAGCGCCCACCCGCCCCUCUGAGGUCUUGCCUUCUCCCAACCCAUUCUCUGGGGCUGGCUGGUUUUGCAGAGCAGUCGCGGGGGGAAAUGACUCCGCCACAUUGAAGUUCUAACACAUCUGGAAUUCGAGUCCCAGCACCUAAAUGCUGCAGUACCAUGGGCAAGGGGACUGCUUAAGAAGGGGUACAUGGGUAUCUACUUGGGUACAGAGCAAAGACUCUGAGUGACUGCCCACAGUGACAGCCCGAUGUUGUUUGGGGGGGAGGGGCUUCCUGAGUGGCAGGCCCCCUGCUGGGGCCUUACCUCACUUGUGGAAUCUGCCCAGCAACCCCUCGAAGCAGAGAUGACCAUUUCCCUCACCUCACAGAGGGAAACUGAGGCCAGAGGUGAGGAGGGACUUGCCAAGGGCACACAGCAAGUGGCAGGGGCAGGCUGAACGUCUGGUUCUGUCCGUUCGUAACCAUUGUCGAGGGGAAACAGAUGGUUUCUGAGAGGCCCGAGAGCCAACGGCCAGGAAGCCUGGCAUUGCCCGGGGUGCUGGGCGCCCCUGCUCCACCUGAGCCUGCUGUCCCUGCAGUGUCCUCAGCCUGCGGGGGCUGCGUGGAGGUGGACUCAGAGACCGAAGCCGUAUUCGGGAUGACCUUCAAAAUUCUGUGCAUCUCCUGCAAGCGCCGCAGCGAGACCACCGCCGAGACCUUCACAGAGUGGACCUUCCGCCAGAAGGGGACGGAGGAGUUUGUCAAGAUCCUGCGCUAUGAGAACGAGGUGCUGCAGCUGGAGGAAGAUGAGCGUUUCGAGGGUCGCGUGGUGUGGAACGGCAGCCGGGGCACCAAGGACCUGCAGGACCUGUCUAUCUUCAUCACCAACGUCACCUACAACCACUCCGGCGACUAUGAGUGCCACGUCUACCGCCUGCUCUUCUUUGAGAACUAUGAGCACAACACCAGCGUCGUCAAAAAGAUCCACCUUGAGGUGGUGGACAAAGCCAACAGAGACAUGGCGUCCAUCGUGUCGGAGAUCAUGAUGUAUGUGCUCAUCGUGGUGUUGACCAUAUGGCUCGUGGCAGAGAUGGUUUACUGCUACAAGAAGGUCGCCGCGGCCACGGAGGCCGCUGCACAAGAGAAUGCCUCGGAAUACCUGGCCAUCACCUCAGAAAGCAAAGAGAACUGUACGGGUGUCCAGGUGGCCGAAUAGCCCCGGUAAGGCCCUGGGCUCCACCUCAAGGAAGAGCCAGCCUAAUGGGGAACAUCUGGGCACAGCCUGCCCCCAGGGCGGGUUGGCCAUCCCUGGGCCUCCAUGAGCCUCAGAGUCCUGCCAACGGAGCUGCCAGGGUGGGAGGGGGCAGGGGGCUUGGCUCACGCCCCCAAUCCAGCCCACUUCCUCCUGCCCCAUCGCCCACCCACGCCAUGCAUGAUGGGUAAAGCAAUACUGCCGCUGGCCCCACCCCUGCUUCUGCUGCCUGUUUAGGAGGGGGGGCGGUGAGGUGGGGGCAGCGGCUCCGCACCCCUCCUUCUUGCUGAUUUGCACACAUCGGCCGCUUCAGAUGCACACUACUGGGGCCCAGCCCCUCCCUGCCCCCCCUCCUCCACCCAGUGGGGGGGUUCGUGAUGGGCCGGCACAGGCUGGGGCAGGGGGUGCUGGACCCACUCCGACCCGACCCCCAGCGACAUUUCCCCUCCUUCCUCUGGCUGGACCUGGGGUCCCCUCUCCCUGUGAUGCACUCUUGCCCCAGCCCAAUCCUGCCCUUUCUCACCAGCCUUGGACUGUGGCCACUUAGAAAGGCCCAUUCAGCCUCUUCUCUCUUCACAUGAGUAGUUUUGUUCAGGAAAUAAAGAUUCUUGGACUUGA